GGGAAAAAAUUAUGUAGGAUUUCUUAACGAUUUUUGGAAUAGUUAAAGAUCAUGACGCUACAUAAACUAUAGACGAAAAGAAUUCCAAUAGUUACUCAGGACAUAAUUUUCAGAUUUAGCUUUCAUCUUAAGCAUAUAGAUUAUAAUUAUGAGAAAAAGCAGAAAUACAAAGAAAAAAAUGGACGAAGAACAAGAGGAAGCAGGAUCUGCUGAAGAAGAAGCUGUAGAAAUGGACGAGAAUACCGAGCAUGUGGAUACGACUUCCAAAACUGGUCGCAGUGUACUGAGUGGGAGAGGUGUUACCUUGAAUAUGUUGAUGAAUGAUAAGAUUUUAUGGUCUGGAGAAGGUGUUCUAUCUAUAGAUUAUUUGGGAACAAAAUUUCUGGGUGAUUUAUUAGAAGAUGGCAGAAUUAGAUGGCAAGAAACGGGUGAAGUUUUUUCUUCACCUAGUGCAUGGGCGAUACACUGUAAAAAAUUACUCAAUCCAGAUAAAAAAUCAGGUUGUGGAUGGUCCUCUAUAAAAUAUAAAGGGAAGAAAUUAGAUUCUUUUAAGACAGCUUGGUUUCGAAGACUAAAGCAACAAGGAGAAGCAGAUGCAAAGGUCAUUAAGAAGGCAUCCGAAAUCAUAAGGCUCAGUAGAGGCAAGCCAUCAAAUCUUGCCAUCCUGCAAGCAUUUCCAUGCAGAUCUCAGUUAGGAGAUAAAGAUACUUCAGCUAUGGUUGAAGAAGAGAUUCGUCAAGGAUUGGAACAAAGACAUUUGACUGUAGUUGGAUGGUAUCACAGUCACCCGACGUGCUCAGUGCAACCAACAGUUAAAGAUGUUGAUAGUCAGAUGGAGUAUCAAAUUAUAAUGAAAGGCGAAAAUGAUUCAACUUACACUCCUUGUCUAGGAUUUAUAUGCUCACCAUAUAAUAUGACUAAAUCCCUCUUAGAAGCAGAAUAUCUUGCUUAUUGGGUUAUGCCACCACCUGAACAUCGUCCUCAUGAAUACGGACGUCCAAUGGAAAUGAUAUACACGGUAGCUCAAGAUUCAUUUUUAACACAGGAUCUGUUGACAGAACUUCGUUUGUUAGCAGACUUCUACAGAGGUGCUCCCGAUGCUAUUAAUUUCUCUCACAAUUAUUGUCAGAAUGGAAUAACAUACUGGGAAAAACUAAGAUCAUCUCUAUCUACCAAACUUCCUAGGGAUUUACAAGUUUCCGGAAAUCAGUCAAUAGCUCAAAUGCAAGCUGUAACGCAUUUUUGGAGUUUCCUAAAGGGAUUAGUCUCUGCAUAGUGUGGAUAAAGUGUAUUUGUGAAUAUUAUAUUCUGUGUGCAAUAUCUUAUGAAGAAAAGGCACAAUAAUACAAAGUAAAUGUGAUAACUAUAUAAUGUUUACUUGUAAAAUCAAGUAAGUUUAGCUAUAUUAUUUAGAGGACUGCAUUCGUUAAGGAUGAAAACAAGUAUUGAUACAUUCCUAUUUUUCUUUCUACCUCUCGGAGAUCAAAGAUAUAUGUUCGUAACGAAUUGUAAUUUUGAUACCUUCGAGCGCAGAAAGACAAGACAAAUUGUUAUUGAAAGUGAAAUUUAUUUAAUUUAUUUAAUACAUUAUCAUAUUUUUAUCAAUAAAAUUUUGGAUAUAUAAUUAUUUAAUUGUCUUUAUCCAAAGAAAUUCUUCAAUAU